AUGGUUUACAGAUCAGCUAAAAAACAGGCACGAAAACAAGAUCUCACUAGGUCUGUAAAUUCAGACCUCAAAAGUGAUUCUCAAGCUCGAAAUCUUUUGAUUUCCAAACCUAUUCAGACCCCAAAAUCCAAUACUCCAUCUGUAUCAAAGAAUAAAGUGAAGAAAGAUCAGUCUAAAGUGCGUUUAUAUGGGAAAAACGCUUCAAAAGUGCCAAAAUCCUCCUUGAACAGUAACAAAAAGCAUCAUUCUAUUCAAAUAGAUGAAAAAGAUUUGGACAUACCAACCUUGAAUACAGCUCUAAGGCCUGGUGGUAAAAUUAUAAAAAAAGGUAAAAAGAAGGGCAAAAAAUUUAUAAGUGAUAAUGACACAAUUGUAUUGAAUAAGAUCGUUAAGACAAUUAUGGAUAAAAAUGAUUUGGUGAAUGAAUCCAAACUAGAAAAAGCCAAAAGAUUAGAAGAAAUUAGAGACUUAAGAAGAAAAGAAUUGGAGGUAAAAGAAAAUGAAAAGAUAAAUAAACUAAAUGAUAAAAAGUUGCAAUUGAAACAAAAGGCCAACUUAGCUAGAACCUUGAGAAGAAAAAACUCAAAAUUAGCAAAAAAACAAGUUGCAAAUGCUCAUGAUGAUAGUAAAAAUACAUCUGGUGAUAUAGUUAAAAGCAAAAGAAAAGUUGAAUUUGUUUAA